AUGAAUACGCAUGGAUGGAAGGACAUCCUUCGGCCAAUUCGAGAUGGCUUCCGGCAUUACUUCCCCAGCCCAGACACAGGCCCAACGCCGGAAGAGAGAUACACGCAACAGAAACUGGAUGCUCUGAAGGGGUUUACGUAUUUCGAUACCUUCAAUCAGCUUGAGGAUUGGACUUUGAGGUCUUCAGAUCACAUUCAGAGGGCUAACACACCGCUCCUACCCCGACCUACACCAGCUGAAUGCAGUGCUAGCCCACAGUCAGCCAGCGUCCUCUUAUGCCACGACUACGGGGGAAACUACCAUGACUAUGAGUCUAGUCAAGGGGUAGGCAUAGACGAAGAAAGCUAUUCUUGCGAGUAUCUCCAAUUCGUGGAGGCAUUCGUAUACUUUAGUCAUAAACUAGUCUGUGUACCUCCUCCCUCCUGGACCAACACUCUCCAUCGCAAUGGAGUAAAGGUACUCGGAACCUUUUUAGUUGAGCCGGCACUCAGAGAAAAUAACCGGAUGCUCGAGAAUAGCACUGUCAUUGAUGCGGAAGGCGCCCAACUACACUUCCCGUUUGCCAGCAAGCUCGCUGCAAUUGCUGAGCACUACGGAUUUGAUGGGUGGCUCAUUAACAUAGAGAAACCCUUUGAUAAAAGCGAGCGGGAUCUCAAUCUUCUAAUGUCUUUUUUGAGGCAAUUGAGAUCUACUAUGGGUGCUGAGAGCAGAGUUAUUUGGUAUGACGCCCUGACUGUAUCAAACAAAGUUGUCUACCAAAAUGGCUUGUCUCUCGCAAAUUUGCCAUAUACACAGGCAUGCGACGGGAUACUCACAAACUACUGCUGGACAGAGGACAAAGCUGUCGAAUCGAGGGCUUUCGCUCAGCAGCACGAAUUUCUUCCAGAGAACGUCUACUUUGGUGUUGACGUCUGGGCCCAAAAUUCAUCCAAGUUGAGCAACCUUCGAGUGACGUAUCCCGAGAAAGGCGGCGGCGGCACGCACACGGGCAUCGCCGUAAGCAAACUCGCUGAGACGGGCCUUUCUGUGGGCAUCUUUGCUCCAGCUUGGUCAUUCGAGCAUUUCACCAAACAGAGGAGAGCUGUUGAACAAGCUAUGUGGGAUGGGGAACCUUUGACAGAAGAACCGGAUUGCCCAUGCGAUGAUCAACCCCACGGCGGGAGAUCGUAUCCUGUUGCACAUCAAGUGCAGCCCUAUCCCGUCACACGCUCAGCCCGGCUGUAUCCUGCUGGCUCAAAGUCCUUCUUCUACACAAACUUCAGCCGUGCAUUCGCAUCACAUAGCCCUGAGCUCGAGGAUGUAUACGGAGGAAAGAGGCUACACUCGCAACUUGGCUCGCAGUCAGUUUUGCCACAUUCUAUCCAUCGACACGCAGUCCUGGACGAUGACCAUCAGAUGUACGGAUCUCUGCAUGGAGAGCUUCUGGACCAUCCGUCGAGACUGGCCAUUUACCAUGAAUUCAAUGAGACUAUGCGUCCUCUGCGGCUCUUCACUGUCAAUAUGCCUGCGGAUGGCACUUUGCAGAUUAGGAUGUCUUAUAAGAAUUACCGGAUCUCUGGAACUACAAAACUUGGCCUGAUGAUCGGCUCAAAGUACUCAUUCGUAGAUCUCCGCGGCGGAAGCAGUAAGAUAGAGACUGUACAAAUCAUGUUAAGGGAUCCUCUUCCGGAAGGCAUACCUGAUAGCCCUCGUCUGUCCGAGAUAUCUCUGUUGAUAGAAGCUGGGGAUACGAUGAACAGCCACAGCGUAGGCAUGGAGAUCUUCGAGCUUUCUAUAACACCUCUGGAGACCCCUCGGCUAUCUAGCGCAAUCGUCAAUAUUCGAGUUGAAACUCGAGGUAAGGAUGAAGAGGAGCAUCGCCGACUAAUGUGGGACUAUCAAGAUCAGAACAUGGGAUUAUCCCAAUCAGUACCACGCCAUCUUCCCUACAGCCAGCUCACUGGCCCCUUUGCGUACUUUUCGAUUGAAGUAGAUGGGGAUGACGUAGGCCGGGCAUAUGCAACGGAGUACAUUCUCUGCGACGUGCUGGUUGGUCGACUGAGGAGGGAUGCUGGCGCCAAGUUCAGAGUCAUUGGGGUCGGAUUUGAUGAGCUCUUUGCUCGCCUUGCUAAGCAGGGAGUCACCUCGCCAGAUACGUCUGGACAAGCUCCUCACUACCACCAGCCCUCCGUUUCCUCGCCCGUCUACUCGCCCGCGCCCUCCGGCCCGCAACCUCAUCACCAAUCUGCCGUCAUGUCGCCAAAUUCGUCGGUCAACAACACGCCAACCCCCGGUCAGAGCAGCUCUGACAAGACGGCAAGCCUGCUCAGCCUGCUGAGGUUCAAUGGCCCUGGAGCUCUAAGUCAGGCCAGCGCCUCCGAGCGUCGACCAUCUCAGCAGUCCGUGCAGAACUUGUCAAUGGCGGAAGGACAGGGUGCACACGGUCGCACGACCUCAGCCUCCGACUUGGUUGCGUCCUUCAUGCGCAAGCCAUCGCAAGGCGCGUCUCGCUCGUCGGCCGCCGCUUCACCCGCACCCAGUGGCCGAGCCGAACACGCCCCACCCGCGACGGAGGCCCCACAGGACUUGCUGCUGCGACUGCUCAAUCACCCCAAACCUCCACAGAACGACCUUCCUGCCCUCCGAGGAGGAAAAUCAGCCUCGGCCUUCUCCACGGCUACGCUCGUCGACGAUCCGACGCACGGCUACGAAGACGCGAAGCUGGAGACAUUCUCUUCUGGGCCCGCCGGUGCAGACACUGAGUCGCCCAUCCGCGUUUUCGGUGACAGCAAGACCGGUGACUCGACUUUCGAAGCUCCUCAGGCGGCGCCCAAGCCCUCUAUGUUCACUUACGUCAAUCCUUUCGAGCAGCUUUCGGCUGCGACGCCUCGCAAUCGUACUCCUGUUCCUGAGCGCGCCAACAACACCGCGUCGCCCCGCAACCGCACUCCUCUUCCUGAACGUGCGAAUACCACUGCAUCACCUCGCAAUCGCACCCCUCUUCCCGAUAGCAGCAGCGCUUCUGCACCGACCCGCAAGAUGGAAAUACUCAAGCCAAAGCAUGGCAGGGCUGCGUCGUCCGGAGCAGACGGCAAAGAGAACGGAUCGGAAGUUUCAGGCCCCGCCUCGAAGACCCGAAAGCUUUCACCGGGUGCGACUUCGCACUUCCCAACUCAUAAUCCGCACGAGACGGUUUCCGAGGCCGUAAGUGGCAUCGGCGAACAAGUCGACAAGCAAGUGGAGGAAGCCCUUGCACAAGCGGACAAACAGUCAAACGGUAAUGGAAAGGCCAAGGCUGAGGCGAAAGAAGUGGAGGAGCUUGAGUUAGCUAUGCAGGAUGCAGCAAUCUCAAUCAAGAAGGAGUUGGAGGAUCCCGAGACUCGACGCGACAUGGAAGAGGCUUUGCCGAAACCAAUGGCCGAUGCCUUGAAAGAGGUAGUCGAAGAAGUUGCCCAGGCCGACAUUGGCGACGCCGACGUUGUGGACAGUUGGGAGAGCGCAGAAGCUGAGGACAGCCCGGCCAAGGAUGAAGAACAGCAGAUUCAAGUCUUCAAGUUCCCCAUGAGAGCCUUUGCUGCCAUCACGGUCAACAAGAGCUUGUCGGGCCCCUCCUUCCGUUCGUCGGCUUUUAUGGACGUUGCGAGGUUGAAGAAGGAAUUCGACCAGAUUGAUCGUUGCUUGGUGACCGCGACCAAGCUCUACAUCGUCUAUGCUCUCGGAGGCAAGACUAAUGGUUUCCGAAUCAUUCGCCAGGAUAACGGCCAGUACCGACAGGUGUUCCAAAACUACAAAGAGCGCAUCUUCAAUCUUGCUACCUGCUCCGCUCCAGCUGCCGACCUCGCUUCAUCGCAGGGCGCUCCUGAAACCAUCCUUGGAAUUGGUGUCAAUGGAGCGGUCUUCUGGACUGCUGUGAAUACCAAAGAUGAUGUGAUUGAGCUUGUCCAGGACCACAGCAUCAUCUUUCCGCCCGCUGCCACCCAAGAUGAUAACACAUCUGGUGGACAACUGAAGACGCGCGCUAAGCCUAGCUGCCGGCACCCGGAGUACUUUGCUGUAGGCCGCGGAAAGGCGAUUCAUAUCAUCUUUCCCAACGUCGCACGCUCGCCGAGAUACACGGAUCCGACAACCCAGAUUUGCAACACCGAGGCGUACCUCAAAGAUCGUCCUCUCAAGAUCUUGACUGGCAAGGCUGGAAAGGAUUUCGCCUUCAGCGAGGAUGAUACGGUCAUUGCGUCCUUGGACAAGGCCGGUCGGAUGCGCUUCUGGGACAUUCGUCCGUUGACUCUGGACCACCUCGGCGAAAUCACUUCGGAGAUCGAUCCUGUUGAGAUCCGGGAACCGAUCUUGGAGCACCACACCACAUCGACCAAUGUUAAAUCGUGGCCCACAUCCGUCUUCUUCUUCGACAAGGAACGCCCGUGCGUCAAGGGUAUUGCCUUGAGGUAUGUUAUGGUGGGAAUGAAGCAGAACCAUUCUUUCCAGCUAUGGGAUCUCGGUCUUGGAAAACCUGUCCAGGAAAUCAAUCUUCCACACGAGAAGGAGUCGGACGCCAUUUGCAGUGUCUCUUUCCAUCCUAGGACUGGGAUCUUGGCCGUCGGACAUCCUACUAGGAACUCCGUCUUCUUCAUCCACGUUUCUUGCCCACGUUACAAUCUACAGCCAAUGUCCCAGGCAUCGUACAUUGCGCAGUUAGCUAAGAAGGAGACUAGCGUUAGGCCCCUUCCGGCUGUGAACGCAACCGCCAUCAUGACUAGCAUUCACGAAUACUCCUUCUCCUCGAAGGGCCAGCUCCGGAGUCUUCAGAUGCUGAAUGAUCCAGUCAGCUCUGCACCGGACGACGCCAAGCCUCAAGAUAAGCCCCGUUUUGAGUUGUAUGUCAUGCAAUCCAAGGGCGUCAGCGUAGUAGCUGUUCGACAGGCAGAUCUUGGAUGGAAGAACGACGGCGAAGCUUUGUAUCCUGUCGAUGCGGAGAAGGCCGGUGUUGCUGUUGUUGGAACCAUCAAAUCGAUCGAGCUGUCUUCCGUCAGCGAGGAUACUUCGGCUGCAGGUGAAACGCCAGCUCGCAAGCCAGGCUCGGAUCGAUCCACUCGCGAGAGCGUCAAGAAAGAGAGCAGUGCAGCGACUCACCAGUCGCUUACGCCAGAAGCUGCUAUGAGGGCUUCUACUCUGGCCAAGGUAGAGAGUAAGCAGGAUGCUGCUCGGGCUGCAAUUAUCAAUGGUCCUGAAAAGCCUGUUGAGAAGGUGGAGAAGAAAAAGAAGAAGAAGGACAAGUCGAACACCGAAGGCUCCCAGGCCAGUGCCAAAGUCAAGGAAUCAACGGCCACGUCUUCCUCUGCGUCGUAUGCUCAAGCAGCACAGAGCGCUAGCUCGCCUUCUCCUCUGCCGCCGUCUUCCGACGGCUCUAAAUCCAAGGCUUUAGAAACGGAGGCUCCGGAAUGGGCCACCCGACUUCUCAGCCAGGUUCUGCAGCACCCUACACCUGCUAGCUCUGCAAUUGCUCAGCCGGAUGUGAAGAAACUCGAAGAGAGCAUCUCUGUAGAGUUCACGAAGAUUCUUUCCAAGGAGGUAGAGGCGCUUCACAAGCGCAUUGAUACCGACAAUCGCGCUCAUGUUGCGGCUGGUUCUGCCAAGCAAGAGGCCAUCCUCCGCUUGGUUUCCGAAACCCUGUCGCAGAAUGUUGAGAGAAGUUUCAAUGAAAUCAUCACGAAGUCUGUGCAGACAACCUUAAUGCCUAAGUUGAUCGACUCGGUGAACGAGACUAUCGACAAGGAACUCAAGCAGACGCUCAAGAAGGCCAUUGUGGGCGCUCUUCCAGGCGAGCUCCAGGCGGUUCUCCCAUCUAUGAGCGUCAUUAUGCAGAAUCAGAUCCAGAAUCCGCAGUUCCUCGGCAGGAUGUCGGAUACUAUUUCAAAGAAGAUCACUACAAAUUUCGAAGCAAUUGUCACGUCUUCGCUCUCUGCCACCCUUGGCCCAGCUCUCAACAGUCUCACCCAGGUGAUGGAGAACCGAUUCGCUGAGCAAUCGCGAGAAGCUCAUCUUCAGCGCCAAAAAGAUGCCCAAAAACUUGAGCAGCUUACGAAGCUUGUGCAAGGACUUGCUGGAACGGUGCAAUCCAUGGCUGCUUCCCAGGAGAGCUUCCAUCUUAACAUGCUGAGGACUGCUGAAGAGGCGCGACACUCGUAUGGCGGUGGUCCUGGCUCUGCAUCCACCUCCGCUCCACGGACCGAAGUCUCGCCCACGAAGUCUCAGCCACAAUCUCUGACCCCGAGGAGCUCUCUCGAGGAGACUGAGGAGGAAAUCAAUAGGCUCUUGCAAUUGGGCGAAUUUGGUGAAGCAACCUCGAUGUGGAUCCGCUCAUCCAGUCCCCCGGCUCUUUUUGAGUCCAUAUUCUCCCGCUGGCACCCGGACUACCUCUCCACCAUCUCCCCGCUCUACGCCCUGUCCUCUGCCGUCGUCGUCACUGAACCACUCAACAACCUCAUCGUCGAGAGGCUGAAUUGGCUCGAGGCCGCCUUGGAUAGCGUCGACCCCCGGGACCCCGAACUCCAGCCCGAUGUGGUGCCGAGCAUCAUGCAGAUCAUCACGGAGAGACUGACGGCGGCGUACCAUGAGUUCAACACGCCGAGAGGCCCUGGUCAGCAGGUGUUGCGGAAGAUUUUGGCGCUCGCUAACAGGGUGAAUGACUUCAACCGCUUGGCCACGGGAGGCAGGAACGUGAGACAUUGA